GGAGGGGGCGGGAGGGGGGUGGGGCAGCCUUAGCCACCCACGGCCUGGAGCCUGGGAGGACGAGGAGCUACGCCAGGCUAACCGCCUCGUCACAACUUGCCCAGACAAGACACACUUUAUCUUGCACCCUGGAAGAAGGAGCCGGCCUGCCUCUCCCUGCUCGGCUGCUCCGAGAGCCCCGCCUCUGCGCCAGAAGCAAUCCCGGGAUCUGGGGCCCCGGCGACGCCUCGUGGCUAGCAGCGCCCGGCUUUCGCCCAGGAGCGCGCAGCUGCGGUGCUGGAAACAGCGGUAAGCAACACACCUCUCUUAUUCCCGCUGAUCCCGCCAGCCCAGUGGAUGGAGCCCAGAAUCCACAAACCUGCCAGGAAAGAAAAAAGAAUUCCUGAUGGUUGGUCCAAGCAGGGCCUCCCUGGUGGAUUGAGGAGGAAUGCCUGGCUUUUCCUCAGCGCCUUGAUCUCCGCGGGAACCACUGGCAGCCUCCAGAAGACCCCCACAAUGAGAGGCCUGGGGUCUGCAGGUCACUGCUAGAACUGUUUAAAGAAUGCAGCACCGCCACAAGUUUGUAAGGUCCCUGAGCGCAUGCUGAACGCGCGUGGGCGGAUACGCCUAGUGCUCCAGGUCGGGGCUGGGCGCUGCCAUAGCAACGUCCUGGACGCCCAGAUCUUAGGCUGCCGCCGCCGCCGCAGCAGGGGUCUGGGCCUUCGUCAGGCUCACGAGGGGGAGUGGCGGCGGCGGCCCCGAGGAGGCCCGGGCCAGUAGAGUACACUGCCCCGCCCCUGCAGCGCAAGCUUAGGCGGUGGACUGGCUUGCAAGCAUGCCCUUCCAGAAGCACGUCUAUUACCCUCUGGCCAACAGCCCCGAGGGGCCCGACGCCUCAUCCGCAGGCGCGGCCCCCAUGGCCUUUGUCCCCCCCAGAGCGGCCUCGGGCCCCCUGCCCUUCUUCCAGUUUCGGCCGCGACUGGAGAGCGUGGACUGGAGGCGGCUGAGCGCCAUCGACGUGGACAAGGUGGCCGGCGCUGUGGACGUCCUGACGCUGCAGGAGAACAUCAUGAAUAUCACCUUCUGCAAGCUGGAGGACGAGAAGUGCCCACACUGCCAGUCGGGGGUAGACCCAGUGCUGCUGAAGCUGAUCCGCCUGGCGCAGCUCACCAUCGAAUACCUAAUGCAUUCGCAGGAGUUCCUCACCUCGCAACUAAACCUGGUGGAGGAGAGGCUGCGCCUGAGCCUGAUCGACUACGAGCAGAGUAAGCAGCUGCUCACCAAGCAGGCUGGCGAGAUCAAACUACUUAAGGACGAGUGUAAACGGAGGAAGAAGAUGCUCUCCACACAGCAGCUCAUGAUAGAGGCCAAAGCCAGCUAUUACCAGUGCCACUUCUGUGACAAGGCCUUCAUGAACCAAGCUUUCCUACAAAGCCACAUCCAGCGCCGCCACACGGCAGAGUCUCACCUUGAGUACGAUACGAAGGCCCAGACCGACAGGCUCCAGAAGGAGGUUGACAUGUUGAAGGAACAGCUGCAGCUCACCAGGUCCCAGCUGGAGUCUUCCCAGCAUGCCCAUGCAGUCCGGUUCUCUAAGGAAUAUGAAAUGCAGAAGUCGAAAGAAGAUGACUUCCUGAAGUUGUUUGAGAGAUGGAAAGAGGAGGAGAAGGAGAAGUUGCUCAACGAAAUGGAAAAGGUCAAGGAGAUGUUCAUGAAGGAAUUUAAAGAACUAACUUCUAAGAAUUCGGCAUUAGAAUACCAAUUGUUAGAAAUACAGAAGUCCAAUAUGAAGUUCAAGUCCAACAUCGGCUCCUUAAGAGACGCCCAUGAGUGUAAGGAAGAUCAUCACCUCCCGAGUCCCCAGGAUCUCCAGAACAUGCUUCAGCUCCUGGAAGGCCAGGUAUGGCGGCACGGCCAGCUCCUGUCACACAUAGAGAAGCUCCGGAGCUCGAUGAUGGAGGAUCUCAGUGCAGAUAAUGUUUUCUACAAGCGGCGGGUGGAAGAGUUAGAUCAGAAGCUCAAGGAGCAGAACGAAGUGAUUCUCAGUCAGAAGCAGCAGAUUAGAGAAUUUGCCAGUAAACCAUACAGCAGUGUUGGUGAGCCGAAAGGGAAUCCUCUUCUAACCCGGCAAGCCCUGGACUCCAAGCCAGCUGGCCCUGCUGCAGCCAGGAAUGCCUCCACCACACAGACUCUGGAUGGUGCACCCAGCCUGACCAUGGUACAUGAGCAGGCAUUUCCGUCGCACAUACUGGAACCCAUAGAAGAGCUUUCGUCAGAGGAGGAAAAAGGACGAGAAAAUGACCAGAAAUCAAGUAAGAAGACACAUUUAAGGAAAACUUGGAAGGGCAACCACUCCUCAAAGGGGCUGAGGACAAACUUGGAGAAGGAGCUGGGGAAGAAGCUGAAGAGCCUCGGGAUUAACGCAGAUAUACAUGGCAUUCCCUGCGAGAUCUUGACCAAAUCACUGAAAGCCAUGCAGGGAGCCAGACAAGAUCUAGCAAAACAAAUUCCCGACAUUCAGCAAAUUCGAGAAUCCCUCGAGCAUCAGCUGACCUGUAAAAUCGAGGAGAAGGUGUCACUAUCUUCAGAGAGAUACAGUGUCCCUCUCAUGACCACUUUGUCAGCUGAAGACGUCCUCAAAGCCUCCCAGGUUCCCCCGCAAGGCAGACCAUUGAUCAGACAGAGGGCCGUGUUUACUGAUAAGGUGGCUGUCCCAAAAUUUAAGAAAAGUACCAAAGAAAAUCAUUUUCUCAGAAAGUUUUCAUCUACCAAGACGCCGCCCUUCAGCUCGGAGGAGGAGCUGGAUGAAGAGGACUUCAUCCCGGCAUACAUAUCUCCAGACUUAUUUACCCUCCAGCCGUCUAAGAGUAAUCUGAGCAACUUCGGGAAGAAUUCUGUCAAAAGUGACACCGACUGGACGGAGGGAAGCGAGAUGGAGGACUCAGAUGUUUCCCCGAAGCCCACAGGAACCUCUGUUAAGAUACAGACUGAGAAUGUUGAGAGCAUGGUUUUACACCAAGGAAGUGGGAAUAAACCAGUUACUGGAAUGAAUAUUGCUGAGACACUUAUCAAAAAGGAAGACUUGCAAGAAUUAAAGUGCACAGAUCGAGAUGAUGGUGCCUGGGACAUAUCAUCCCUAGAGGAAGAGAAAUCCUUGGAGAAAAAGCUAGAACAGAGGGAACCCCCACCUGUGAAGAGAGAUCUAAAUUCCGCUCAAGUGCCAAGGGCCUGGGGCCCAGUGAACCCUCGGGAAUUCAAGGAAGAAGGACUUCAAGACAACGAAUCGAGCACCCUGAAAAGCAGCCUAGUGACUGUGACUGACUGGAGUGAUAUCAUGGAUGUGUAGCUACUACUCCAGUCAGAGAACCGCUCCUUAGCCAGCAUCGGCCGACAGCCAAUAGGAUUCCAGCGUUCCUCAGCAUUCCACCGUACAAGGAAGCUCAUUCAGAGCAAGGGCGUCUUUGACAACGCGUACCACAGAAUUGAAAACUGUCGGCUGUGUGGAAGCAAGAUGUUCUUUAAAUCAUAAAAUGUGUUUUCCAGUACGGUACUCUAGUGUUAAAUGUAUUUUUUUUUAAUUAACUUUUAAGUUGUUUUUUUUUUUUGACUGAUAGUAGGCUUUGGUUUGAAUUAUUGUAGCUUUUUAAAAUAUGUCUGUUCUGUCACGUCAGUAGCUUUUAUGUUACAAAAUUCUGUUAAGUCUCUUCAAAACUGAAUUAGUGAUACCAGUGACGCCCUACGUGUUAAACUGGUUGUUUUCCGUAUACAGUAUGUCUAGAAUGGUAACAAUUAGCUAGGCCCAUGCUAAAUACAUUUCCCUGAAGUACCUUUGAUCCCACGGAGCUCUGAGGCCCUUUUAGCAUGUUGUUACUGACCAGUUAUUUUCUGCAGUGUAAUCUUUAUCUCGGAUACUUUAUGAAUAGUGUGCAACUGAUUUUCAUGAGAUGAUCAUUAGAAAGAGACGAGCCGUUCCUGAGUCACACAUGUGUGUAUUUUCUGUGUUCUUCAGUACCCAGCCCAUUAUAAAAUACCUCAGAACUAAUUUAUAUUCUUGAACAAUGGUCUCGGCAUUGAUCGGAAAAUUUAUAUAUAAACUGUUUGCUUGCUUUUCUUUUUUAAUUUUUUUUCUUUUUUUAAAAAAAUAGUUUUUAUACUUUGUGGUACCAUUAGGACUCUAUCUCAGAAAAAAAAAGGUAACAUUUUAAUAGCUUGUUGAUUUGGGGUCUUCUGUCAUCCAUCAACAGUGCCAGUAAAGUCCUCCAUGACACCCUG